GCGUUUGCCUUUGCGCUGACAUCGUAUCUCGAUUGCUUCUGUGAAACAUGGCCGAAGUUGCUGAAAACGUGGUGGAGAACUUCGAGGAGCCAGCACCUCUGGAAACCGAGGCUGCUGAGACCAUCCUGGAGACGAAUGUGGUGGCCACCACUGAGUUGCCCGAGAUCAAGCUGUUCGGCCGUUGGUCUUGCGACGAUGUGACCGUCAACGAUAUUUCGCUGCAGGAUUACAUUUCGGUUAAGGAGAAGUUCGCUCGCUACCUUCCCCACUCUGCCGGCCGUUAUGCCGCCAAGCGUUUCCGCAAGGCCCAGUGCCCCAUUGUGGAGCGUCUGACCUGCUCCCUGAUGAUGAAGGGACGCAACAACGGCAAGAAACUGAUGGCCUGCCGCAUCGUCAAGCACUCGUUCGAGAUCAUCCAUCUGCUCACCGGCGAGAACCCUCUGCAGAUCCUGGUCAGUGCUAUCAUCAACUCUGGACCUCGUGAGGACUCCACCCGUAUUGGACGUGCUGGUACCGUCCGUCGUCAGGCUGUGGAUGUGUCGCCCUUGCGUCGCGUCAACCAGGCCAUCUGGCUGCUGUGCACUGGAGCUCGUGAGGCUGCCUUCAGGAACAUCAAGACCAUCGCCGAGUGCCUGGCUGAUGAGCUGAUCAACGCUGCUAAGGGAUCUUCCAACUCCUACGCCAUCAAGAAGAAGGACGAGUUGGAGCGUGUGGCCAAGUCCAACCGUUAAGGAGACUUCGAAAGCAUCAACCAGCAAAAACAAACUAUGUGUCUGUUUUUUGUUUUUUAUAAAAAUAACGCGUGCUCGCUGCAAGGUGUUGCACUAAAUUUAAAAUAAAAAAUAACAUGAAAAAUCCAAACAACAAA